AGCAGCGACGAGAUGUGCGAGAUCUGCGAGGUGUGGACGGCGGAGAGCCUGUUCCCCUGCAGGGUGUGCACCCGGGUCUACCACGACGGCUGUCUGCGUCGCAUGGGCUUCCUGCACCACAGCAGCGCCGUGGAGGUGACGGAGACGGCGCACACCGAGACGGGCUGGAGCUGCUACUACUGCGAUAACCUCAACCUCCUGCUGACGGAAGAGGAGAUGUACAGCCUGAUGGAGACCUUCCAGCAAUGCAAGAUCAUCCCCGAGACCUGCCUGAUGCAGGACAGUUUCCUGCACUAUAAGCACCUGGUCCACAAGCGCCACUUCGAGAGGCCGAUGAGCGAGGAGCAGGAGGAGCGAGCUGCCCUGCAGUUCUCCGCGCUGGACCCCGACAAGAAGGGCCACGUCGAGUGGCCGGAUUUCCUCUCCCACGAGUCCAUCGUGCUGCUGCAGAAACUCCGGCCACAGAAUUCCCUGCUUCGGCUACUGACAGCCAAGGAGCGGGAGCGGGCGCGAGCCACCUUCCUGCCCCUCAACCAGGACGGCCAGGGGCUGAUCAGCGAGGGCGAGUGCCGGAGAGCCCAGCACACGUGGUUUCGGAAGCACCAGAAGGAGGCCCCGUCCUGCAAUGUCAGCAUCAGCCACGUGGGGCCCAUGUCGGAGAGCAGCCCAGCCAGCAGUGGCAGCAGCCAGAGCCAGGAGAAGACCCUGCUGGGCACAGAGCAGGAGGAAUCCAGCAGGCUUGUCGACUGGCCGACCUUCCUGAAAGAGAGCGUCAUCUACAUCCUCGCCGCCCGCCCCAACAGCACCGCCAUCCACCUGAAGCCCCUGGCGUAGCCGCUGCCCGGGACAGGGGCCGGGCGAGGGCUCCCAACCUGGACGAUGCAUGAGCGGGCGGCAGGCCGGACGCACGGAGCCCAGUCCUAGCCAUUGUGUUCUGUAUUCGCCGAGCUUGCAGCCGGAGGAGCUGACAGUCUGCUUCACCCGCCAGAGGGGCGCUGCAGCCUGCUGCCCCGUCUCCCAUGGGCCUCAGGUAGCCGCACCCGGCUCCCCUCCCUCACCACGGCCCAGCAGACUUCGGAUGGGUGGAGCGUGGCCCCAAACCCCGCACCACGCCCAGCCCCACCCCCAGCUCAGUAGAGUUCUGGUUUCUGAUUGGCUGAGAGGGAGCUGCCCCCCCCCCCCCACACACACCCACGAAAUUCGGCAGACUUCUGAUUAGUGGAGAGAGGACUGAACACAAACAGUCCAGCAGCAUUCGGGCUUCUGAUUGGCCGAGAAAGCCCAUGCGAGCCCCCACGUACGCGGCUGGACGGUUCCCAGAGUUGAGGUAGCCCUGUGCCGUCGCGGCAGGUCGGCGGACCCCGGUGGCUGUGGACUAACGAGGCCCCUGCUGGCCCGGCAAUGGCACGGGCGUGCCCGGUGGAGAGCAGAGGGAGGCGUGUUGGCUGAGCCGGGGCAGCAAGGCCUGCGGGGCUGCCCUGCCGCUGGCAAGCUGGGCCAGGCACCGUCCCAGCCUCUCCCCUGCUCUCUGGGACCUGCCCCCAGACACACACACCAUCCGCUUUCACCAAAGGCUCUCAGGGCUGGUCCCCAGCGGCCAGGGCAGUGUUACCCUCUCCGCUCUGCACGGUGGCUCUCGACACCCAUAUUCCAGCCUCCCUGUGUGAGCAGAUCUCCGGCUGGGAGAGCAGCCUGCCGGGGAGCUGGCAUGGAGCAAGAGCCGAACACCGUGAGACCCCAGCUAGGACAUGGCAUACCGGGCCUGGGUCGCCCCUCACCACCACCACCAGAUCAGCAGUGUGAUCGCCACCACGGAGCUGCUCCUGGUUCACACCUGUCUCCUGGAGAAGAGUCAGACCCUGGUCUCUGUCCGAGUGACAGUCCUGCCCUGGCCGAGAGGGCUGGGUGGGGGACAGGGUGGAUUCGGGGCAGAGCGGCUCCGUGUCCCCAGGAGCGGGCAAGCGGGGAACUGCUUUCCUCAGGCUGGCAAAUACCCGGCCCACUGCCGCGGCUGCAUAAACGAGCCACAGAGAACUCCGUUUGAGCAGCUCCACCUCCCGGGUCAGGCGCCAGGCGCUGCUCUGCCAGCCAGGGGGCCCAUCAGGACAAUCCUGAGAGCUGGGCGGUGUGUCGGCUGCUUGUCACGGGGCCGGCUUCCCCUCUCGCUCCCAUCAGUGUCAGCUCCAGUGAAGCGAGUCGGGUUCACUGCAGUGUGGGGGAGGAGGAUCAGGCCCCCUGUGUUUAUGGAACGAGGACGUGGUAGGAGUUGUCGAAGCGUUGCCGCGAACGUAACCUGGGCCUCGCCCCGGGAUGUCUUUCUAGAAGACGCUUGCUAGCUCACCCACCAGUACUGGGCUGGAUGCAGGCGUCAUGGGGCGGGGUUAGGCAGGAGGGCAGGCUGGAGGGUCACAGUGGUCCCUUCUGGCCUUGCCAUGCGUGAAGAAGGGAGACGAGUUUCUUGUGAUUUCUUAGUCCUCUCAAAGUUGUCAGACGCCAGCUACCUGCCUUUACUACGCAGCAUCGCAUGUCUGCGAAUUCCGAGACCUCCGCCAGACUUUAUGGAAUCCGUAGCCACCCGUGACUUCACAGCCAUAAGCCAGGAUAGAAGUCAUGCCCUCCUGCUCCAAAAGCGCCGGCCAGUGCCCGGAGUCAAAGAAGAAUCUUCUUUUACUGUUAGCAGUACAGGAGCUAUGACACACAGCUGAGCAGUUCCAGUUCCACCUACCGGGGGGCAAUGGUGACACAUGUGCACUAGCUCUGCACGUCUUUCACAGGCCCAGUGCUAGCAGCCCCCAUUGGCACUCGGGACCCGACAGCUGUUCAUAACAGUGCCUCCUGUUCCCUACAAAGAGAAGCCAGUAUUGCACCAUGAUGCAAGAUCAGCAAACUCGUCUGAGAUGCUCUCAGGAGGGACCAGAUUUCCACCCCACCCACCUUACCCACCACAGAACACGGCCGCAGGGACCAGCUACCUUCCCCUUGAACGCGAAGGCGCAGCCUGCCCAGAAUGCAGUGCCUUGUCCCAACCCAAGCAGAGGGCGCUUGGUUGGAGACAGAGCAUUGCAUGCUGGCAUCUGUAGUCUCCGCGCCGACGUAUUCAUUAGGAAGGUGGCCAUGGACUCCACCGGCUACUUGACCCACAGAUCCCCCGCCCCCGAAGCCUAUAAAAGGGCCUGGAUCAGCUUAUGGCAGCUCAUCGGGGGAGCUAGGAACCAGCCUGCAUUCACGAUGUCUAGAGCCGGUACAGAAGCUGAGAGCCUGAGAGAGGAGAUCCACGGUGAGCAACAAGAGGUCACUGGAUCCCUUAGCCUCCGGCAAGGGCCCGGACUCAGAAUCAGCGGGCUUGGGCCUCUCCAGUUGCAGUUCUGGGCAGAACUGAGGUUUGCUCUUGUGCUGUUUCUUCGGGCAGGGAAAGCAGAAGGCGUGAGGCUCCCACAGCAAGAGCUCUCCUGUGUAGACAGAGGCUCCGUGAGCUGUGCCGAGAACAGCAGAGAGGGCCCCCCCCUCGGCGGGCUCUGCCUCUCAUUAAUAAGCACUUGGCUAUCCCCAGAGCCAGCUGCAUAUGAGCUGAGCGGCUGCAGCAAAUGCUGGCUCAGCUAAUGGGAGAGGGAAAUCGGACACAGUUCAACCUAGCGGAGAUAAAACGGCUACAUCAGGCAUGGCCCGCUUCCUGACCAGGCCCAGCCACCGCCGGAAAUAAAGUCCUUCCUGACAGCUCUGCCUGGAGCACCACAGGACUCAGGAGGGAAUUUCCACCCAUGGGGCAUUGUCACAUGUCGGGGGGUCACUUUGGAAGCACCCGAUUGCCGCCCUUGCCACAGGCAGGAUCCAAGACUUGCCGGAGGCAGGAUCCAACUGUCUGAUCCAGUGUGGCAAAUGCUUUCGCUUUCGCUUUGCUAGAUCUUCCAGUGGGCCUGGCUUGGGAAGGCUGAAAGGAGAGGAGACAGCGCCAGAGAUUGCUGGAGGAAUCAAUCCCAUUCUGACGGGAGGGCCUAGGUGCAACCCCACCCCAACGACAGUGAGUCCAUGGUCACUGUCUGGCCAGUGGGGUCGCUCUGUCUCCCGGGAAGCAGCUCAUGGAUGACCGCUCACUCCAGAUCUUGCAGUUCUCCGUUCUUGGGGGUUCACUGGCCAAUUAGCCUUGUUUCAAGUGUAUUCGGAGCACAACAGCUGUUGGCUUCUCAGGGACCUGCCCAGAACAUCGUCCUGUUUUUAGCAGGAAGCCUGCCCUGCUGCCUGCAACGCCCUCUCCUGCUCUAUCCCCGUCCAUACACUAUAGACUAUAACCUUCCUCGUUACAGGCUUGCCCGAGUCACCGUCUCAGCAGCCCUGCCUCGCGUCCACUGGGACGGUGAAGGUAGCCUGGGGCCACACAGGGUGUGCGUGGGGUGGGCCCGGCGUGGGGAGAGGCUGAAGGAUUGCUGCUGCUGAAUGUAAAAGAUUCAAGUGCACAGGAGUGACCCAAACAGGAGUCCAACCAUGCUGUCUAUCUAGGGGAUUCCUCUGGCGCCUCUCGUCCUGGUGCGUGGGCACAGACGGCGUGGAGCAACACGCCCAGACUUUGUCACCACACGACUGUUGGCACCUUGCAAACAGCUGGCGAGCUGCACCAACCAUGCCUAACCCGGAGCAGAUUGUGCCCACCCGUACGUCCCCAGAGGAGGUGCAGGUGAGGAGACAACAGGCCCCAGCCCGCAGUGCCCCCCAGAUCAAGGUGGAGCACAACAUCCUGGGACCCACAGUCUCCGCGCUACAGCCCUGCGUCAGAAAGGAGUGGAGCCGCGGGCUGCAUUGCAACGCACCCUCGGUCACGUACGGCCCGUGGGCGUCCCAGGCAUGGACCGCGAUGCUGAGCCAAGGCCGCUCCCCUACAGGUCCUGCUUGUGAAAGCCGUCCCUCCGUGGGGCAGCCCAUUUAACGAUGGCAGAGGGAAGGACCAUGGAACUGCCCCAACAGACACCACCCGGGACAUGGCCUGGCGAGAAGCCACGAGAGGCAGCUGCAGUGAUGCCAGCCAGCAGGGCUACCGGAUGAGCUGCACGUCCGAGCCGGCCCUGCUCUCACACACGCAUCAGCCCCCAGCGGUGCCUUUCCUCCCUGGGGGAGUCGGGAGCAGCGCUCGCAGUGGGUCCGAGGCUCUCAGGCAGCUCUCGCAGCCGGUGUGCCAGGGACGAGCGCUCCUCGUACUCCCACUCCAGGGCUGGCACAUCGCCGAGUGCACUUCAGGAUUGAAAUGAGGGUAGCAGGAGGGCGCACUUACCAGGCAGGGAUAAUAUACGGGGGGCUCCCUCCAAGAGGCCCACUGCUGAGUUAAUGGGACAGAGGAGACACGGGCAAAGGAAAGCUCAGCGACCCGGGGGCGGGUAGCUUCCUGGAUCUUUCUGCUUGAGCCCAGGAGAUAACCAAAUGGGGAGCUGUCCCCAUGCACCCAGGGGAUUUAGACACGUUCUCUAUUGAUAUGAGGGCAGUCCUGCAUCUGUACCCUCUGCGCCGCUCUGAAGCCCUCAGCCUGCUUCUCUCUGGCUGGUGACCCAGGGUGAUGCUCCAGCUUUGGGCACUGAAGGCUGCCCUUCGUUUGCGGGAAAUGGAGCUGCGUGCAGCCUCCACCUUUAACAGAGGCCCGACCUGCGGAGACUACGCGUCCCAACAUGCCUUGCAGCCUGUGCACUGCUGGGAAGUGUCGUCUCCGGGGGCCUGUGGUGGUGAGCCCCACGGGCUGGCUGGGGACACAGGUCUCGCUUGGCUCGCUCGGUAACAAGUGCAUGGGUUACACCCAGCCAGCCAGGCCGCGUGGAGGCCAGGGUCAGGGGGGGCAGAGCCAGUCAGUUACCCAAAUUCCCACACCCCAUGUGGCAGCUGGGGGGCACUGGACAGAUAAAGGGGCCCAUUCCCCUGCGCCUUGUGUGGAGCCCGACCCUUCUGCCUGGGCUGCAUUUUACCCCCGCUUUGCGCAGGUGCCAAUGGCUGCAGCGGGAGCGGGGAGCAUGGGGGAGUCAGCCCCCCAGGUUUGCUGAGACAGCCCCAUGGCCUGCUGUCAGUGGGACCGGGGCAGCGGCUGGUCAUUGGGAGGAGCCGCGAGGCGUGAGAAGGGCUGUGCAGCGAGAUGUGUUCAUUAAACAGCUGUGUCCAACCUCGA